AUACAAAUGUUUGCGGCACCAAGGCAAUGUACAUGUCCAAUAUUGUUUCUCUCUUUUCUUUUAAUAAAAGAGAAAAAGAAAGAUGCUUUUGCAACGACUACAAAAAGAUGCUUCUGCGAACGCUCUUAAGAUCUCGUGGUCGUGAAGGUCCAUUGAUUAUAACGAUAGUUAAAUAGUUCUUUCUUUUAUUAUGCAUAACCGCUUCACUUACGUAUUCUAUUUCCCUUUUUCAUAAUAUAUUUGUAUACAUAGUAUCUCUUUCACACUCACUAAGCCUUCAAAGUUGUAUCCUUAACAACUUUUGCUACUUUGUUCACCAGUUUCCAUAAACAAACACUUGAAUUUUACAUCUUCUUAUAUCACAUAAUUUUUUUUCAUGGUCUCUAAAUUUUAAGUGGAGCACAAUGGAAAAGGUAUAGGAAUAUAAUUAAAGACGAAGACACGUUGGCUAGAUAAAUAAAGCUGAUCAUACAAAAGCUCAUCCAACUACAAGGGAUAGUUAAUGGUUAGACUGGGUAUCAAAGUACAAUAUAGAAGUUGUGGGCGAAUUGAAGAUAUGUUGAAAGAAGUUAAAGCUAUAAGUAUAAUGCUGGUGGUCCAGUUUAUUUUCGCAGGAAUGUACAUUUUGUUUAAGCUAACGGUCGAUGAUGGUACAAAUCUCAGAAUCCUCGUGGCUUAUCGUCUCUCCUUCGCCACCAUUUCCAUGCUUCCCCUCGCCCUCAUCAUCCAGAGGGAUAAGCGGCCAGAAUUUACAUGGAGACUGCUCUUUCUAGCCUUUCUUUCGGGGAUGCUUGGAGCGGCGAUACCAAAUUUUCUCUAUUUGCCAGGACUUGCUCUUACAUCAGCUACCUUUUCGACUGCGGCCAGUAUCCUUGGUCCGUUGAUCACCUUGGUAUUGUCAGUCGCUUUUAGGAUAGAGACUCUUCGGCUGGGAACGAACGAAGGGAGGGCUAAGCUUGUGGGGACGUUGCUUGGUGCCGGUGGGGCUCUCGUAUUUGUAUUCUAUAAAGGUGUUGAGAUUCAUAUCUGGUCAACACACGUUGACUUACUUAAAAACUCGAACACUGGUCAAUCUUCUGGCCAAGCCACUGAGAACCACCACAUCUCAAUUCCAGGAGUUCUUAUGGUUUUUGGAUGUAACGUUUCCUUCUCACUUUGGUUAAUAUUGCAGGCAAAAAUAGGCGAUCAACUUGGAGGAAGUUAUUGGAACGUAAGUCUGAUGAAUGCGAUGGGAAGCUUGGUUUGCAUGAUUGUUGCUCUCUGUUCAGAACGUAACUGGAAACAAUGGCGAUUAGGAUGGAACAUCAGCCUUCUUGCUACGGUUUAUUCGGGAGUUGUGGUCUCAGGAAUGGUCAUACCUCUUAUUGCUUGGUGCAUUAAAACAAAAGGACCGUUAUAUGUUACAAUGUUUAGCCCUAUAAGGCUUGUGAUCGUAGCCCUCGCCGGAUCAUUUGCUUUAGAGGAAACGCUUCAUUUGGGAAGUAUAAUUGGUGCUAUGAUAAUGGUGGGAGGUGUAUACCUAGUUAUAUGGUGUAAAAUGAAGGAAGCCAAGAGUGCCUCUACUGCAUUGGACCUCAUUGAAACAAACAAGAAUAUCAAAGAAGUGAACCUUGGCAAUCUCUCAGCAGUAAAUAAUAGAGAUGUCCCGUGAAACAACCAUAUAGCUGCAUCAUCAAAUAAAGUCCGUAGAAAUGGAAUAUAUACGGACUACUAGAUGGAGAAUUUGGACAAUGUCUUUGAUUUUUCACCCUGACUUCAAUAUUAAAACACUAUCUAUAACUUGCUACUUAUAUCUCUUAAAAAGCUAUGUUCUAUGUUAUAUCGUGAAAAUUUCUGUCAACUAAUUCACAUUGCUCAUGAUACAAAUAGAGUCCUAAGUGUCUAG